CCUGUUUAGGCCACACCCAGCCCCAGCUCUAAUGAAUUGUUGGGGAGGCGGCUUUCAGAAAAAUUGACACUCAGCUAAAAACUCUAGGAUCCAACAGCACUGACGGCCAAGCAGGGUCUGCUAAAUAUCAUUCGCUGGACAAUUUUUGACUUUUGUUGUUGCCUACUGGAAAUUGCAAGGGACUUGAUUUAAAAAAAUGAUUUUUGGCUAAUUCUUGCCCUGUAAAGUUUGGACUUUCAACUGAAUGCAAACAUGGCAACGACAGAAUCCAAUUCGGAUGGUUUUAUAAAGACUGUCCUACCGUUGGACGGUUUUCAUGUAGGCCUAUUUGAUGACACCAGUUUGGCUUUGCCACCUGAGGAAAGUAUAAAACUAUCCAACAGGCAAAUUAAUGAAAAAGGUUUCAGAGUGCAGCAACAAGUACAGCUCACACUGGCUAGAAAAAGCAAAAGCGGGGUGUCAAAUGGUAGUUUGCACCAGUCCAGCAGCAUCCCAGAGCAGGUUUACAGAUAUGACUGUAUGAGCACAGCACAUCAGGAGCCCUACAGUACAAGCAAGUUUUAUAAUACUUUGAGCAAUGAGAAUGGGUGUGGCACCCCGGGGAAGUCUUUCUCUGGAACGUAUGUGAGGAGUGAGAAUAUGAAGCGCCCAUCAAUGCGGCUCAAGGUUUCACCAUUGUCGAGCCCAGAGAUGCCCCUGUCCCGAGCCCAAACAAGCUACAAUUACGAAAUGUUUCACAAGGGGCUGCACACCCUGCCUGCGGUCCAAACUCCCAUUAUCCAGAGAUUAAGCACAAAAUCCACUAGUAUGCCUACUAGAUACGCCCGUUCGGAAAUCUUAAAUUUCAAUAGGUGUAACACAUCUGGUCGGGGCCGUUACUACAGCAGCAGACGUCCGCAGGUCUGGAACCAAGGCCGAUUAGAUAACGCUGUCUUUUUGGAUAGCCUCCGCUCCAGCCCCAACACCAUACAGUUCCAGCGGCCUGGAACAAGCCAAAGCUUGACCAACUUCGUGGAUGCAGGCAGGUCAGCAGCCGCCAUGGGGCAGACUCAAGUCCAGAUGCAGAACCGCAAUUUAAACAUGGGUAGAGAAUCUCAGAGGUACAGCUGGCACCACAACAACGUCCGGAGAGAUCAAAUGUUUCAAGGGAACGCGGCACGUGCCUCCCAGCCUCCUUCUUUGUCCAGCAUGCAAAUAGAUGGCAACAUCAGGCAGUCGAAGGGGGGAAUGACUGUAGCUGUAUUGUCAAAUGAAGGAGCUAUUGAACGCCAGAUGCAAGCAAGUUUUUCUGGAGCACAAACUAAAGCCGCUAAGGGGGAGGCAAUUGAGAUGACUCUAGACAAGGCCAUUUCCUACCUGACUGCCAGCAACUCCGAAUGGCAGGUCACUGCUGCAACCUUCAUUCAACAUCAGUGCUUUGUAAAUGUAGACUCGAAGAGAAUGGUGUACUUCAUGCAUGGGAUUCCUAAACUGAUCAAGGCUCUGGAGAGUGACAAUGUCGAGCUUCAGCGUGCAGCCAGCGGAGCUCUUCGCAACAUUGUCUUCGAGGACAGCCACAACAAGAUGGAGGUGAAUGAGAAGAAUGGCAUUCCUGUUGUGCUGAGACUCCUCAAACAAACCAGGGACGUGGAGACCAAAAAACAGCUCACUGGUUUGCUCUGGAACCUGUCCUCUAUUGACAGUCUAAAAGAUAUACUCAUCAGGGAGGCUCUCCAGCCGGUCACAGACGCUAUCGUUGUUCCCUGCUCUGGUUGGUCAGACGGAGACUAUCCAAAGGGAAAUCUGCUAUCGGAUCCAGAUCUCUUCUACAACGCUACCGGCUGUCUGCGAAACUUGAGUUCAGCUGGCUUAGUGGGACGAAAAGCUAUGAGGGAAUGUGAAUCUUUGAUUGACUCGCUUGUGCAUUAUGUUCGGGGUACCAUUGCUGACUAUAAAGCAGGUGAUAAGGCUACAGAGAACUGUGUUUGUAUCCUUCACAAUGUUUCCUACCAGCUGGAAUCCGAGCUGCCUGGAAGAUACUUUAAGGAUCUCUCUAGCUCAAGGCGGGACCUCUUCCCACAAGACAAAACACCAGGCUGCUUUGCCACUCAAAGCAGGAAGAUCAAACAGAAAGAUGACCACAGGGUCCCUUUUCCAGAAGAAAAGAGUAACCCACAUGGUGUGGAGUGGCUGUGGAGCCCAAUCAUUGUGAGAAUGUACCUUUCUCUAAUAGCUAAGAGCACCAGAAGUUACACCCAGGAGGCCUCAAUGGGAGCUCUCCAGAACCUCACUGCUGGAAAUGGGGUGAUAUCAUUCUCGAUUGCACAGACCAUUGUACAAAGGGAAAAUGGUCUCCAGCACAUAAGAAGGAUGCUUCAUUUGAGUGAAUCUGGAGUGAAGAAGACAGCUGGUUCUCUGCUGAGGAACAUAUCACGCUAUCCUGAGCUGCAUAAAGAGAUGGCCAACCAAGUACUGCCUGAUCUGGUUUCAGUCCUCCCAAAUACCGCCCAAGAUCUCCAAGUGCCUGCAGAGAUGACGGUUUCUGUGUGUUAUGUUCUCAACAACUUGGUGCGGAGUGACUCCCAGAAUGCCCGCACCAUUCUGAACAAUGAGGGGCUGAGGAAAAUCAUCAACAUCAGCACCAAUGACAGUAAUGUACCAACAAAAGCUGGACAAUCUGCAUCCAUUCUGCUUCACACAAUGUGGAAAUGCAGUGAGCUACGUAGUGCCUACAAAAAGGCCGGGUAUAAGAAGGGCGUUUUUAUCAACAACAGAACAAUGGGAGUCACUCAGUCACUGAAGGAUUAAUAAAAGACAACUGCAGAGAAAUAUGAACAUAUGGACUUUUAAUCAACACUAAUUACAGAGGUUAACAGCACUGCAUUUAAUUGCUUUAUACUCGUUGUCCCAAAACAAGAUAUGUCUAUGAAGAUGGAGUUUGGUUCUGGAGCUAAGCCAUUUGAUUUUGUUGGGAGUGUUGAAGGAAUGAUCACAUGAGAGAGAGACAGAGAGAGAGAGACAGAGAGAGAGAGACAGAGAGAGAGAGACAGAGAGAGACAGAGAGAGAGACAGAGAGAGAGAGAGACAGAGAGACAGACAGAGAGAGAGACAGACAUUUAAAUCCCUUUAUUGAACAACACAAAAAGAAAAACAACAAAACAUUAAAAUAACAUAAAUAAAACUAGUACAUUCCAGCACUGAUCAUAAUAGAACAAGAAUAAAACAGAUAAAUAACUGAAACAUUCUAAAAACAGCAAAAAAAAACAAAAAACUAAAAACACACCAACAAUUUUAAAAAUAAAAAAUUAGCAUGCGAUCUUCACCCACUGCACACACCCCAUCCUCAAUACACCACCUCCUCAUGAAAUUAUCCAUAUCAUUCAUCAUGCUGUAAUAAGAAAAAUCAGCGUUUACCCUAGUUACAACCAGAACUCUAAAAACACACAGGGCAUCAUCUAUACCAGUGCUAGAUAAUCUGUUCUUACGGGAUUUUAAAAUCGUCAGCUUCGCUUGACCCAGGAGAAAAUUAAUCAGGGCACACCGAUGACGAUAUUUAAAAGAAUACUUAAUACUUAAAAUUAAUAACUCUUUAGUAAAACGCACCCCGAGGUUCAUCAGCAGGCCGCCUAGAAAAAUAAAAAAAGGCCGGAGUCGUGGGCAGUCUGUAAAAAGGUGAAACACAGUCUCCACGGCGAGACAGAAGGGGCACUGCUCCCCCACACCUGGGUCAACUCGGCUCAGCCAGCGGUUCGUGGCGACAAUGCCAUGCAACACUCACCACUGCAGGUCCCCAGAGCGCUUGGGCAGAGGCAGCUUAUACAGCACCCUCCAGGACGGCCGCACAGACUCCUCCAUCGCCAGGUGAGCCCUCCACUUGGUAUCAGUCAGGUCUUUAAGUCUGUGAUAAUGCCGGGUCUUAACCACAGUGCUGUACAGCUGCCUCUUCUCUGCAGAGUGAAACUGUAAAUUGGUCUCUUCAUCCAGGGAUAACAGCUUCCCGGGUUGCUCCCCCCUCCUCCUCCUCCUCCGGCAGCGCAGGGGAGAACAGCACCGAGGGGAAAUCAGGCUCACGCUCCAGGGUCUGCCUGUCUGAGAAGCACUUCGCCACGAACUCCAACACUGCUGGGCUCAGGGAGGCUCGGAUCUCUCUCAGCACCCUCCCUAUGAAGCGUACCGAGCGCAGACCCAACACUGCAGUCAACUCGGCCCCACUCUUCCAUCGCCACUCAGUCCAGUCUACCAGGUGACCCAGGGUGGUGACUCCGGCCUGUGAAAACACUAAAAAAAGCUGUUUAGAAUUAAAAGCAUCAAUGUUAAAAAUUCUAUUAAAAAACAAAGGCUCCUCAAAAUUAAAACAUGUACAGAGGCUUUCAUCUGUCCUUAAAAUCUUAAUUAACCCCCAGGCAUUUAACAUGUUACUGUAAAAGCUUUCCAGCUUAGUUCUAAUAACUUUACUGGGGGUCAUUAAAAACAGCUGUCUGUCUAAGCCAAGCCCCCCAACCCUCUUGAGGAGGGACAAAGCCAUGCCUCUCCAGCUCAGCUCAGGGGUGUACAGCAGUCUCUGGGCUGCCUGCAAUCUGAACGCAGCGACCCGGGAGGGGAUGUCAAUCAGUCCCUGCCCUCCUUCGUCUCGGGGCAGGUACAGUACUGCUGGUUUCAGCCAGUGGUUUCCAUCCCAAAAAAAAUUAACUAGUUUUUUCUGGACCUGCUCCAGCAGCCCUGGGGGAGGGUCCAGACACAAUAAUCUGUGCCACAGCAUGGACGCCAACUUGUUAAUCACAAGGACCCUCCCCCCUGAAGGAGAGGCAGUUUAGCAGCCACUGCCAGCUCUGUAGCCUUCCUGCUACCUUCUCCAGCACCCCCUCCCAGUUUCGCUGCAUGAAUGCCUCAGUUCCUAAGUACACCCCCAGCACUUUUAAUCCAGUUCUGUUCCACUCCAGCAUCUGUGGCAGGGACGGAGGAGGCUUUCUCAGCCAGCUCCCUGCGAGGAACGCUGCACUUUUGGCCCAAUUCACCCGUGCUGAGGAGGCUCUUUCAAAGCCCAUGCAUGACUCCAGCACCGUCACGUCUUUAUCGCUGGUUACAAACACAUUCAGGUCAUCAGCAUACGCUGAGAGACGGACGGGCUGGGCAGAGGGGAGGGCAGGUAUGGCCAGGCCAGCGAGACGCUCCCUCAGCUGGUGUAGCAGCGGUUCAAUGGAGAUGGCGUAGAGCAUCCCCGACAGAGAGCAGCCCUGUCUAGUCCCUCUCUGCACUGGGAAGGGCUGGCUUAGACAAUUAUUAAUCUUGACAAGGCUAAAAAUAUUAGAAUAUAACAUUUUAAUAUAAGAAAUAAAAACAGGACCAAAACCAAAUGCCUCUAGGGUGCGAAAUAAAAAGCCAUGGUCUACCCUGUCAAAAGCCUUCUCCUGGUCAAGCGACACCAGCCCAAAAUCUAAGUUAAAAAGCUUAGAUACAUUAAAAAGAUCUCUGAUUAAAAACAAAUUAUCAAAAAUUGAGCGUUUUGGUACACAAUAUGUCUGGUCACUGUGCACCACAGUACCCAUACACUCCCUAAGACGGCCGGCCAGAGCUUUGGAAAAAACCUUAUAAUCGCAGCACAGCAACGACACAGGACGCCAGUUCUUCAGCUCACAGAGGUCUCCUUUUUUGGGCAGUAAAGUCAGUACUGCCCUGCGGCAGCUCAGAGGCAGCUCUCCCUCCGCCACACAUUCAAUCAGCACCUGGUAUAGAUCAUUUCCAAUGCAACUCCAGAAAUGUUUAUAGAAUUCAGCAGGCAGCCCAUCCAGCCCAGGUGCUGUUCCAUUGGAGAGCUGUGUGACGGCGGUUGUGAGCUCCUCCAGUGUGAUGACGGUGUCCAGGCCGCGGCUUUCCUCCUCACCCAGGUGAGGGAGACCUUCCAACAGCCACUCCGUCUCCUGCUGGUCGCAGCCCUCAGCCUGGUACAGUUCUGAAUAAAAUGUCACCGCGGCCUGACGAAGCUCCACAGGGCUGGAGACCUCUCUCCCCCUGGGCAGCUUCAGUGUAAGCAUUUGUUUUCUUUCUUCUCUAAGCUGAAGAAGGUGGUCGUGGGGGAAUCCAUGUCUCUUAAUUCUACGAAUCUUGCUCUCACCAGCGACCCCUUGACCUUCUCCUCCAGCAGGCUGCCCAGGCGCUGUUUCCUCUGUUUCAAGCUGCGAUAAGCCCCUUCCGUGCUCUGACCGCCCAGCUCUGUCUCAAUCUCUAAAAUCUCAUUCUCUAGCUGGCUGGCCACUGCAUUCAACUCACUAGUGACGUUCUGGGUGAAUUGCUGACAGAAUAUUUUAAUUUGGAUUUUCUCCACAUCCCACCACUGUCUCAAAUUAGAAAAACAUCUCUUUUCUUUUCUCCAGUUAUUCCAAAAUAGUUUGAAUGUUUCCUUAAACUGUGUGUCUUGUAAUAAUUUAAUAUUAAAGUGCCAAUAGGAUUUGGAGUGCUGUGCAGUGGGUAAACACAAAUCAGCUGUGAUGAGGUGAUGAUCAGAUAGAGACAUGGGAUGAAUACUGCUGCCAAUAAUUCUAUUAAGGUGGUGCUUUUGGGUGUAAAAUCUAUCUAACCGUGCUCCAGACAGUUGACCAUUAUUUAAUUUAAUCCAAGUAUAUUGUUUAGGUCGAUUAUGUAAAUUUCUCCAGAUGUCAACUAAAUCAAAUUUUGUCAGCACGCCAGCCAGCUCUCUCGCAGAUUGGGGAUUGGGUUCAUCAUGAUUUCUGUCAUAAUUAAAAUCCAGGGUACAGUUAAAAUCCCCUCCCACCAAAAUAAAAUGCUCUGGAUCACACUUCUCUAAAACCUGGUUGAGUUUUUUAAAAAAUAAAAUCCUGUCAUUAUACAAAUUAGGAGCAUAGAUAUUAAAAAGAUCAAUAAACACACCAUUUAAUUUUAAUUCAAUUUUUAAAAGACUCCCUUGUACAACUUCCUCUACAGACACCACGUCUACUCCUAGCCCCGGAGAAUAAAACUGCCAGCCCCGCACUAACAUUAGAGCCGUGACUUAAAAUCGCCUUCCCCUUCCACUCUGACAGCCAGUGCGCUUCAUUGCUGCUGUCAGAGUGGGUCUCCUGCAAUAGAAUAAAAUUGGCUUUUUUAAACUCAAUAAAAUUAAAAAAUUGGGCUCUCUUAAUCAUCACGACAACCAUUUAUAUUUAAAGAACUCACUAAAAACUUAUCCAUAAAGGAAGAAAAAUAAAAUAGCAGUAAAUAAAUACAAAAAACAAGGGUAAAAGCUUUAAAAUUGCAUUGAUCCAUUAAAAACCUUUUGAUUGCUCAACCAUUUUUCUUGCAGUGCUUACAAACUUUUUCAAACAAAACCUCUUUUUCCUGUCAAAUUCCUCUAAACUCGCUUUUCUUAACAGUACAUUAGCAGAGACUAAAAACAAUUUCAAGUCGGGAAAGAAAAGUGGAAUUUCAACUCCCCUUUUACCCUUUGUGCAAUCCAUAAAAUUAAUAAACUGAUCAAGCGAAUGCAGUUUCUUUUUUUUGGGCUGACUGACCUGGAUGUCGGAGAGCAUCGAGGUGUCAGAGAGCUUUCCCUCCUCAUCCUCGUCUUCUCCCACGAAUGCCUCCCAUUCCUCGGCCGAAUCCUCCUCUGGCUCCCGACUCCUCUUCCUCCGGCCGUGAGGACUCUGCUGAGGGCAGGGCUAUGGCGUCAAUGGAUGCUAGUCCAGCGCUGCCACUAGCCUCCUUCCCUGUACGGGGGAGCUCCGCAGCCACGGCCUGAUCACCGCCGUCGCCGCCGCUCUCCCCCGGCCCCGACUCUCCAACAGCGGCAGCGCUGGGCUGAGACCCCGCAUCACCACCAACCAGCGAGCCGUGGCUCGGCUCCCCAGGAGCAGCGAGUUGAGGCUUGCCGUUACCUUCGUGAGCCGCCACAGUGCCCAGAUAGACUCCCCCACGACCACUGCUUCAGAUCUUUUCUGCAUUUUCUUUUUUUUUAAUCACAGCAGUAAAGCUCCCCUCAGGAUCGGCAGUGGGUUCCUGUACGGUUGAUUCUGUAGGAGGAUCCGCUACUAUAGACUGCUCCUCUGCAGCAAUCCUCUUCUUAACUCGGGGCACAGGCACGGGCGUCUCUGCCGACUCCUCCACCUGUGCUCCCCGAACACCCUCAGCCUGACCAGCCCCCUGCCUUUCAGCGCUGCCCUCGGCCGCAGCCACUGAUCUGAGCUUAGGGCAGGCUUGCUUCAUAUGCCCUUCUUCGCCACAAUGAAAACAUUUCAUUGUGUCCGAGGUUGCAAAGAUAACACACUCCUUCCCCUCUAUAAUAAACCUCCAGGCUACAUUAAAAUCCUGCCCUGGGUUAUGCGGCAAUACAAACACUUGUCUACGAAAAGACAUCACAUGUUUCACCUCGGGGUUCUUACAGCCUAGCGGAAUCAUUCUAAACGGGGACAUGAUUUUACCGUAUCUUGCCAAUUCUCUUUCAAUCACUGCAUUUGGAAUAAAAGGGGGGACAUUUGAUAAAACCACUUUCCUUAGAGGAGUUGAAAGAGGUAAAGCAGAAAUAAAAGCACCAUUGACAGAAAAUCCUUCCUCUACAAUCUUAUUUACCAGUGUUUCUUGACUUAAAAACACAACAAUGGCCUUAUUCAUACGUGAAGCAGAUUUUAUAUUGUUAAAACCAAUUGACUUACCGACCGAUAACAGUACGUCCUCCACGGAAACUUCAUUGUCGGGCACACACCUGAACCCAUGUCUCCGUGUCAGUCCCUGUAUACCGCCGGAAUGUGAGCCCAUCUCGGGCUACACAAACUAACUUAGCCUCCCAAACGGCCAACAGAUAAAUAAACAAACAAACAAACAAACAAACAAAUAAACAAAUAAAUAAAUAAAUAAAUAUGUAGAUGAUAUAGAUAUAUAUAUAUAUAUAUAUAUAUAUAUAUAUAUAUAUAUAUAUAUAUAUAUUUAAAAGAAACUUAUAAAAUUCCUUUUAAAUUAAGCGUGUAAAAAUAGUAAAACCAAGAUUGUAAAAACAGACCUGCACUAUUCAAACACACCGCUCUCAGCUCACAAGCCCCUCCCACAAUCCCACAAUCCAGAGAGAGAGAGAGAAUUUUACAAUCCCUUUAUUGAACAACACAAAAGAAAAACAGCAAGAUAUUAAAGUAACAUAAAUAAAACUAGUAAGAGAGAGAGAGAGAUGGAAAGAAAUUCAUAGUCAAUGCAAGGUGGUUGUGAUUAUGAGGAUACUUUAGUUGGCACAACCAGAGCCAUAGCAAGAGCUGAUAUUCUACCGAUGUCUAACAUUUAUGAUGCAAAAAAACAACCAAGGACAUAACCUAGGUGUCCUCAUAGCUAGUUACGGCCAUGGGCACAACCAUAUACUUGUGAGGGAUUUAAACAUAAUGGUUCUGAAAAAGCAUUCAAUGUGAAGUAGAUGAAAGUAUUCUUGGUAAAGUCUUGGUACAGGAAGCUGAGUGUAAGUGAAUGGUAUGUUAUAUGUCUAGAGGUUGGGGAAAGAAAAACAGUUAUGCAAUGCAGGGAGAAAAUAAUUACAAGAAAAGUUAUUGGUUGCUGAUCCUGUCUAACUCUCAGUAACCCCAAAUAAAGUUUCAGAGGAUUUGAGUUUAGGUGAGUGUAAGUAGCUUGUAUUGCUCGCAGUACAAAAUGAAUUAGGUUAAUAAUUUAUGUAGCAUUAUACAUAACUCAAAACACAGUCCAAAGGUGUACAGAUCCCCUACAAAAUCAGUUUAGAAAAUUAAUUUAAUUAGCCACCACAUAAGGAAAAUAUAGUUAGUUAAUGUUGCUAAACUUAACAAUUUCACUUUCAGUUGUGGCUGAAAUACAGGUUUGAAAUACAAAAAAAGAAAGAAAGUAGUCUUGACGAAGAUCAAUGAAUGAUUUUGUUUAAAAAGCAAGCAUGUUGAAACCAAAGUGUUUUAUGCAGAUUAACAUGCUUUCAAAAUAACCUGAUUUUCUUAAAACUCCAGUCCAGUAACCUACAGCUAUGGCCAACAUCACUCAAAAUCUUAGGACUGAAAGUGUACCAGAAGCCAAAAUAGUAGUGCAGUAUUCCAUGUUAGAUUUCAAAAUGUCAAUUUUUUUAAUUUGUUUUUUGUAUAUGGAAGUAUAUAGAAAACUACAAAGCAGUAUGUAAUUCAAUAUGUUAAUUAUUCAGCAGGUUUCCUUCUACUUUAUGAAGCAAAAUGAGUUAAUUCUAAAGGGUGAUGCAAAACUUAGGCCAUAGCUGUAUACAGUAGGCAAUUUCCAGCAGCUCUCGUUUUAUUAAACCUGUGUUGCUUAAUUAAAAUUCAAAAUAAUUUAGGUUUGCCAAUAGCAAAUGAUCAGACUUUUACAAGACACAAAACAAACGUUGGCCAAAAUAAAUAGACAAACAAAAAAGACACGAAACAACAAGUACCGUGUUGGUGCUUCCAGCAUGAGUUGCAAUUGUUUAUCUUUUUCUUUUUUAGUUAUUUCUCCUCUCUCGCUCUCCCAUUCUCCACUCACAGACCGCCCAACCCUGUAUGCGUGAAGCACUCACUCUUUUAUGCAGCUGUGCCGAGACUCGAUUGCUAAUCAGUCACUCGGUUCAAUCUUGGCACAGUCUGCACGUGGACUAAUUGUGCACUUUCCGUGCCCCCAUACAAAUACCCAUUUUAAUCUGCAGGUGAAGUGAUUGUGCAAUCCCUGUGCCUAAAUACAAAUAUACAUUUUAAAUCAGCUGUGCUACAUAACCCACACUCCAUGCACCAAUACAUACACACAACAUAAAACAUAAAACACAAAGUACGUUCAGGGGUGGGGUACCCUGCCACACUUGGUUUUACAUAACUGGAGAAGCCAAAAGGCAUUAGACAACGAGAAAACCAAAUACAUGUAGAAUGAAGAUAUCUUGCGGUGAAUUUUAGGUUUGGCCGUCUUGAAUAUUGCAAGUCAUGAUUUUUUUAUUUUGAUUUUCAUUUUAAAAAAAAAAACAAAAAAACAUGAGGCUCUUGUUGUACACAACAUGUGCACAGGUAUGACAACGUGGCUCCCGUUUCCAGACAGGGAGAUGUCAGACUUCUUCCCCCUUCACUUCCUCGCUUUAAAUGAAAUGGCUCUUUACUGUGAUCCUAAACAAUGUUUUAAAUGUGUUGUGGUCCUGCCAAUGAGCAUGCUUACUUCAGUCUCCCAGAUUACACGAAUGGGAUGAUAAAUAUGAUUACUUCAAUGUCCCAGAUUACACAAAUGGGAUGAAACAAGCUUGGGGGUGCCAUGUGAAGAUAUUAACUGGUGUUCUCGCUUCAUUUAGGAAAUGUAGGAAUUAGAAAAGCAACACAUAUGCCCACUUUCUUCUAAAAUGAGCACCUUAAAUGUGUAUAGCAAUUUAACCCAGUUUACUUUUCCUUGGAUUGGCCUAAUUCUUGUACCAAACAAAAAUGCUAAUAAAACUUACAGAAGUCAACUAUGGACAUUGAGAAAUGCUAUAAAAGGCAUAUACGAGUAUUACUGGGUUAUUUUUUUGUGUACUAUGAAUUCAAAAUUAAAAAGUGUAACCGUAAUUUGUUAUUUACAAUAGUUGCACCUUAAGUAUUAAGUAUUAAGUCAUUUUAAUAUCAUUUUAUAAAUAAUGAAAUGUUGGAAGAAAGCAAAUGAAGAAUGAUUCAUUACUUUGGAUGUGAGGUGUAUCAUACUGCUUUGGGUAGAUGUCUUUUGGGUUUGAAGGGGUUUAUGUAUUUCACUUAGAAUCAUGUGAGAAGGCUAGAUUUAUUUCACGCUAAAUUUCUUUGAUACAAUGUUUACUUUUUUGUUAUGAUAAGAAAAGCACUAAAACUAAAUUACUGUGUCGAUUUGCAUGUGAACAUUUUACAAUGUAAUUGUAGCAAAAUGAGAAAAAAAGCCUUGUAUUUGUCCAGGCAUUAGAUGACCAAAUCAAGGCUUAUUUUUACUUUGAAGUUCAUCAUUCAGGAUGUACUAGUUGUGCUGAAUAAAUGUAUCCCUUUUUUACUUGUAGUUCCAUUAAAUGUGUUUUUUUUUAAUGCUGUAAUAGCACUGAAGGUAAAUGCUAUCAAAAGUAGCAUUUAGUAGUAUAUCAAAGUAGUUGUGCUUUCUCUCUAACAAUUCAUGUUGAUGUAUUAAAUUUUUUUUUCAAUCUUUUGGAUACAAUGAUGAGAUAUAACUUGCAAAUUAAUGUAUAAAUUAAAACCAGUUUUGAAAUUAA